AUGGCACGACCUCGUCAACGCGCUCAUACACCCGAGACACCAACCAACGAGCAGUUGGCUCAGAACUUGCAACAUCUCACGCAGACCAUGCAAACCUUGAGCAAAGACCUUUUGCACAACAACUAUCCUACUCCGCCGCCACAGCCUGCCGGACAUCGGGAUGUGGGACGUCUAGUCUCGGGCCAUAGACCACCGAUGUUCGCCGGGGAGGAGGACCCCGUCAUGCUCGAGGAAUGGAUCCGAACCUUUGACAAGAUCUUCUCCAUCGUAGGGUGCCCUGAAGAGCGUAGAGUGGAGUUGGCAUCCUUAUACUUCAGUCAUGAAGCUGAUCUCUGGUGGGUGCACGAGGGACCCGCAUGCCUAGAGGAGCCCGACUUCGACUGGACAACCUUAAAGGACCGGAUGAGAGAGUGGUUUUAUCCGGCACAUGUCCGAGCUGCUAUGUACGAGGAGUUUCUACACCUCCAGCAGGGUUCAUCGUCUGUGGUGGAGUACCACAAGCGCUUCUUGGAGCUCGCUCGUUUCUCUAGGAUGCUAGUCCCCACCGAGCUUGCGAAGGUGGAGAAGUUCGUGACUGGACUCAACUAUGAGGCUCGAAAGGCAUUGACCAUGAGCAAGCCGAGGACCUUGAAGGAGGCUUAUCUGAGUGUUGCAGACUUAUACCGGGUACAACAGCUGCAUCGAGGGUCAUUUGAGCUCGCUAAGAAGAGGAACGAAAUCGGUGGACCCCACAACUUCAAGAAGCCUAGGCAAGACUUCCGAGCCAGGACAGCACCUUCCCCACCUCAAGGAUCAACCCGAGUAGAGUCUGGAGAUCAAGCUAAGACGUUCGCAUGCAGAAAAUGUGGAAAGGAGCAUGUGGGAAAGGGUUGCCAAGGACUUGCACUUUGA